AUGCGUUUCUCGUCCUACGCCACGAUUGUCUCCUCCGCCUCCCUCGCCUUCGCAGUGCCUGCGAAACGCCAGGCGUCUUCCACUGCGGCUGGCGGUCCUGUCACCCCUUCACCCGUUCCUGCUCCUGCAGGAGGAAUAGGCUUCAAUAGCACACCCACUUACAAGCCUAUGUCCGACUUCGACUUCCAGUCACUCAAUCUUGGUCUCCAUCAGGAGCUCAUCGAACUCGAUCUCUUCCACUACGGGCUUGCCCAAUUCUCUUCUCAGGACUUUGAAGAUGCUGGUUUAACACCCUCGGACCAAUAUUUGAUUGAGUUCAUGGCUGACCAGGAAGUUGGGCAUGCCACGAUCUUUGAGAAUUUUUUGGCCCCCAAUCUCACUCAGCAAUGCACGUACUCAUAUCCUAACUUUACGUCUGUCCGUGAUUGGAUCGACUUCAGCAUGAAAGUCACUCGGUUCGGAGAGUCGGGUACCUUUGGCUUCCUCGCACACCUCAACGCACAAGAUAUAGCGUCUAUGAUAUUCGACGCCAUUGCCACGGAAGCUCGCCAACAAAUGGUCUUCCGCCAAUUUGAGGGUCUAUUCCCCAUGCCUUUCUGGUUCAUCCCCUCCAUCACACAGUCCAUGCAAUGGACUCUGAUGCAGCCUUAUAUUUCAUCAUGUCCUGCUGGAAACCCGAACGUAACGUGGCCGAUCUUCCCGCCCCUCAACAUUUUGAACAAUCCAUACUACCCGGAUCUCAACCUCACAGCGGACAUCUCCUCGAAUGUGACUGCUGUGACAUACCCUGGCCGCGUUGUCAAACUCACUUGGGAGGAACCUGGGGCUGUCACUGGAUUCAACAAGUCAUUCACAACGCAGUCUUCUGCUGGUACAGCGAAGUAUGCUGCCUGGAUCUCGCAACUUAACACGACUUAUACGCUAUUGGAAGACGUCAAUGGCACCAGCGCCUCGACAAUUCAGCCAUCAGGAGCACUCUUCAACAACGUCACACUGUUCAGCAACAGCACCUUCCCGUUACUAAACGGCACUGUGUAUCUGUUGAUCACAGACGCUGCUCCUUUGGUCACUCCGUAUAAUUUGUCCCAGAUUGAGCCGCACAUCGUAGCGGGUCCCGCUCUGUACCAAGUCGGUUGAUUCACUGAAAAACAAUGUAUGCUCCUCGUAUAUUAUGCGGGACGAGAAGGGAGUUAGCUGUACUAGUCAUCUGGUGUUACACUGGUUCCUCCCAUUUGCGACGACUUUUACUUGCUACAUACUGUACUUUAUCCCCUGUAAC